CACAGAAAUAUAUAAAAAUGAUCAGAAAUACUUUUAGAUUAAUUUCAAACGUCAGUCGUCCAACUUUUGUUUCUGCUAAACAAUCACCAUUCAUGAGCAGAAACUAUGGUACUCUUUCAGAAAAAGAAAUUACUGAUCGUGUCAUCAACAUUAUUUCAAACUAUGAUAAAACUCAAGGUAAAACCGUUACUCCAACCACCACUUUCAAAGAACUUGGUCUCGAUAGUUUAGAUGCUGCUGAUAUUUUAGUUGCUGUUGAAGAAGAAUUCGGCAUUGAAAUUCCAGAUGAAGAUGCUGACAGAAUUGCCUCAACUGCUGAAACUAUCACCUACUUAAGAAAAACUCCAACUGCCAAAUAAAUUAAUUAAUUAUAUAAUAAUAACAAUAUCAAUUUAAAUGGAUAGAAAAAUAAUUAAAAAAAAACAACACUAAAUUAUAACAAUAGCUCCAAGUAAUAAUAGCAAACAACACCAACAAAAACAACAAUAUCUCAAGUAUAUAUGACAGUAUAUAAAUAUAAUAAUAAAAAAAAAUUAAAAAAUUAAAAAAUUAAAAAAAUUUAUAAAAACUACUAUUUAAUCAU